AAGAAGAAAAGAGCAACAACAAGCGUCGCGUUAAGGAGAAGCUCCGGAGGCCGCUGAGUCGCUCGGAGUCGUUUCCCUGCCGCUAGCCCGGUGCAGGAGGAGGCAGAAGACCCGGACCGGCGACGCCAUGGAGACGGACGGAGAGCAGAACCAGCAGGGGGCCUCGACCAAUGGGAGCGCUGCGUCCGGGACAAACUCCCGCCCCUCUCCCAUGAACUCCAUGUCUCUGUAUGAAAGACAGGCGGUGCAGGCCCUCCAGGCGUUACAGAGGCAGCCUAACGCAGCUCAGUACUUCCAGCAGCUGAUGCUGCAACAGCAGAUCAACAACGCCCAGCUGCAGAACCUGGCUGCCGUGCAACAGGCUACGCUGGCAGCCAGUCGUCAGUCAAGCCCUUCCAGCAGCAGCUCGUCUCAGACCACCAGCACCACAGCUGCCAGUGUAACGUCUGGAGCAGGGUCCGCAACCAGCAGCCGUCCUAUGGGCGCCUCGGCGACAUCCACAAUCAGUCAGUCGGUACUUCUGAGCGGGACGGCGGGAGGACAGGGACAAAUGUACCUGCGGGUCAACCGCUCCCUGAGGGCCCCCAUCUCCUCACAGCUCAUCUUUAUGCCCGGCAGCACGGCAACCGCUGCCGUGGCAACCGUCACCCAGCAGCCGCAGGCUCAGCAACAGCAGCAAGAGGUGACUCCAACUUCCUCUUCCGGCAGCCAGUCAGACAAUGACCAGGUGCAGAAUCUAGCCAUGCGGGGUUUGUCCAGUCCCAAAGGUGUGGGUGUUAAGACCGAAGCCCCAGAGAGGAGUGACUCAGCUGCCUACUCCCUGGUCCAGCCCUCCCACCAGUCAAGCGCUCAGUCUCCCACGAAGCCAAGCCAGCCGCAGCCCCAGCCCCCGCACAUCAAAAUCCCCACCUACCCUCAGCCCACCAACCUCAAAGCCCAUCCCUCCUCUUCCUCUGGUGCCUCCUCCUCCUCCUCUUCCUCCGCGUCCUCCAUCCCUCUCUCCCAGCUGCUGCUUCACGGGACCCGCACCCUCACCGCAGGAACCACGGCGCCCACGGCAGCACACACCCUGGUCCUAACGUCCAAUGCGGCGUCUCAGCCCCACGGUUACCCAGUUGGCACGGCGACCAUCAAGCCGGCGGUCAACGCUCAGACUCUGGUGGUGCAGCCUCUGCAGAAGACCUCGCUCAGCAGCGAGAAAUCGGGCCACGGCAACGGACCCAUCCCCAUCCAGCCUAAGACUCUGCAGGGGCUACGUCUGCCCCUCCAGCUGCCUUCUAGAAACCCCCCUCCCAUCCUGCCUGCGCCACCGCCAGCCAGCAGCUCUGCCCAGCCUCCCCAGCCUCCCCAGCCGCCGCACAUCCCGGUCCAGAUCGUGGGGGCUAGGCAGAGCACGCUGGGAAACGCCCAGGCUCUGGCUCUGGCCCGGGGCAGCUGCAGCCAGGGAGCCGCCGCCGCCGCCCUCACCCAGCAGCCCCUGCACACCACCAUCUGGGCCUCCGCUUCCAGGCGAGGGGGGGGGGGGGGGGGGGGGGGGGGGGGGCCAGGCACACCCCCCCCCCAGGGGGCUCCCCCCCCCUUGGGGUCUCUCUCUCAUCCAAAGGCCAAUCAAGCAUCAGGACAGACCAGAAACGACCCCCCCUCCCCCCCCCCUCCCUCCUCCCAGUCCCCCACCGUUUCCUCUCCUCCCUCCUCGCUGUCACGUUCCUCCUCCUCCCUCCCUGGCUACUGGCGAGAGGCAAGAGCCGGUGUGACCACCAAUGGAGACUCUUCAGGAAGUCAGCCACCACAGGGAAAGCAGAUGACUGGCUCACUGAAAAGGAAAUCCGACUCAAAUUCAGCCAACGAUGAGGACGGCCCCUCCCCUCCACGGAUCCAGCCUGUCAGAGAGCACACCUCCGUGCCUCCGACCAAUCCCACGGAAGCAGGCUCUGGUGCUUCUCCUCCGGCUCCGCCCUCUCCCUCCCCAGUCUUGUCGGUGUCCCGUGGGGUAUGCGGUCAGGGGGAGAGAGCCCCCCCACCUCAAGCCGUGGUUAAGCCUCAUGUCCUGACGCACCUCAUAGAGGGCUUCGUCAUCCAGGAAGGGGCAGAGCCCUUCCCCGUAUGCGGUCCGGUGAAGGACUCGGCUGGUGAGGAUUUAACUAACGACAGCCCGGACACUAACCAAUCGGAGACUGUCACCACCGCGACAGUGCUCAAGUGUGAGUACUGUAAAAACUUUGCUCCUGCCAGCCAGUUCAGAGGCACCAAAAGGUUCUGCUCCAUGUCUUGUGCCAAGAGUAUGUAUUGGUUCCCCAGGUACAACGUCAGCUUCAGGCAGCACUUCUGCAUGCGGCAGGGUCACGGCCAGGGCCAGGGUCAGGAUCGCGCUCCGGAUCGGGAUCGGGGCCAAGGUCACCUCUCCAACUCGGACGAGGAGGGAGGAAUCGCCAGGCGGAGGGUUCCCCGCAGGACCAGCUCGGAAAUAGCCAGCGCCAAGAUCGCAGGGAGACCCAUACCUGUUAAGUGCCGAUCGGAGUCCAGCCAUUCGGACGAGGAGUCCAGUGGAGAGGAGGACGAGGACGACCCCAUGUCCCUCUCGCCAGCCUCCUCCGCCUCCUGCCACCAGCCGCCUCCCCCGCGCCCGACGGAGAGCUCCGCGCCCAGCUGCCUGCCCGCUGUCCCCGCCCAGUGGAGCGUGGAGGAAGUGUCCCAGUUUAUAUCCUCGCUACAAGGCUGUGAGGAGCUCGCCUCCCAGUUCCUGUCGCAGGAGAUCGACGGACAGGCCCUGCUGCUGCUGAAGGAGGAGCAUCUCAUGUCCACCAUGAACAUCAAGCUAGGUCCCGCCCUCAAGAUCUGCGCCCACAUUAACAAUCUGAGAGACUGAUGCCAGUGUUUCCGUAAAUCCACCGUGUUCAAAGUCAAGCCCCGGGCAUUUACCCCAAACUCUAGCUCUGCAUCCGGUUCAGAUACGGAACUGGUUCCAGAGCGGUCAGGGCCCUGCAGGUGAAUGUACGAGGUACAGUUUGUUUUGAAAACGGCGGCUCUUGAGCCCAAACUGGGGCUGCAGCACUUGAAUCUGUUGCUGGUUUGUCCGCUCUUGACCACAUUUGCAAAGGUCAUAUUUGCACAGGAAUAUUGCGAGUUCCUUACGAAUCUGUCACGUCUGCGAGUUGCACAAAAUACUACAGAUUGCAAACUAUCUUUUGUUGAAGGUACAUGUCUCCCGAAGGGCUGUUUCUGUGCAGAGUCGGCACUCGCGGUCAGAAAUGGUUUUUACCAAGAUGCACAAUUUCAGCCUGUCUUUUAAAACGCGGAGAUGAAGGUCUGGAAUGUCUUUUCCAUGCAGAGAAAUCACUUAUACUGAGCGCAGUGGGCAGAUGAGGAUAAACUUAAAUCCGCGGCACUUGUACAGGACUCUCACAUUUCACAAGUUACGCACAGACAGGGCUGCUCUUUCUGCGGACCUCGACCGAGGCAUCUCAGACUCCGAGUUGAGCUCAACUAAACAAACAAAAUACCGAAAGGAGCAAACGGGGGAUUUUUUUUCGUCAGUGUAACACGCUCUUCGCCUGGUUCAAACCACAGCCGGCCCCGCAUUUGGGCAGAAAUGCGGUAAAGGAAGACAUGUAGGAUUUAAUGAUCUCAGUCAGUGUCUCAAGAUCACGGCUGAUUUUCAUUUUCAAAAAGUAUUUUCUAAGGAAAGCACUCCGGUGACUUUGCUCUCUAAUGUUAUGAAUGUAAUAGAAAAACUCGUACUUUCAACAUCAUUAUCACUCCCUAAAAACAGGCGUCGUCAUUUGUAAAAAUGGCGGCGCUUUUAUUUUGGAAGUGGCCUAUUCUAUGACUCACAGGGUAUAGUGAGAGUACAGGGUGCACUGGCUGCAGAAAUGCCGGACCAGAGUCCAGAUGAAACCCAAAUCCCUCAAGGUUCAGAGAGCAUUUUAUAUUUCAAGGACAAAAAAAAAAAAAAUGCUGCAAAAGUGCCGUUUUUUGUUACGCACAGAGCACACGAGCGGCAGACAGAGACACUACCGCAAAAGGAGUUUUUCACUCAGUAUCUUGAGGAGAUCCAACCUUUCUCAGUUUUAUUUUUUUUAAACAGAUGACGUACUGUUGACUCUGCUCCCGAAAAAGAAGGACUGUAAUCUGCAAAAUCUGUGACUAUUUUGUUCUGUCGGGCAACUUCGAGAUUCGCAAACGGUACAGCCAGCUGCUCCUGAUCCGUGCGGCUGUGUGUGUGUGUGUGUGUGUGUGUGUGUGUGUGUGUGUGUGUGUGUGUGUGUGUGUGUGUGUGUGUGUGUGUGUAUAGGAGUGGCGGGUUAACGCCACGGGCUUGAUUUUGUGCGUUAGACGUAAGGUUGCGAAGGAAAAGCCGAAAGAGACGAUAAGCUGUUAAUCUGAAGUAUCUUUAAGCUACAAUGUUGAACAAAACCAGAAAAGUCCGUUAGGAACUGGUAGCUACAUGUGGACCUACGUUUUUGAAGGAUGAAAAAAAUGUUAUACUGACUGACUGAGUGUGUGUGUGAGUGAGCAAACCCGAAACUAUACUGUAAUAAGUGUAAAAUUUGCCUUUAUAUUUAAAUGAUCAUGUGUUCGCUGGACUGCCUUGUUUAAGCUUUUUACUGUAGGAGUUUUCUCAUGUUCUCUCUCUGUGAACCUUGUGGCCUUUCUCACUUAGUCUCUACAGUAGGUGUAGAUGAGGACUGUCUGUUUUUUAACUGCUUUUCAUAUCAUUCCUUGUUUUAUAUCAGUGCUUACUUUUUUUACAAUUGCUACUUGGAGCGACGGCAUGCGUUGCCUUUUCCCCCGAAAAGCGCGACCGACCGGCGGCCGCCUCGACCGAGGAAACCCGCCGCCUUCCCCACAGCUUCGCCACAUAGCGUGUAACCACCGACAGUAUUUACCUUUUCUAGCUGGCUGCCUUUGGCUUUAUUGUUAGUGACCGUGGCAUUUACAGCAUCUUCUCUCUCAACAAAAAGGAAAACAACAUCUGACAGCCGCGUGUUUAUAUUUCACAGUUGCCCCCCGGGAUUUUGGAGUCUUGAAAUCGGCAGGUCCCCUCAGCAUACUGUGGAGACCAGAAGGAAAAAAAAGAAAAAGAAAAAGAAGAAGCACUUGUAGUUCACCACAAGUGACGUGAGCCACAAUUUCCUACUGAAAUCACCGGUGUAACGUUUGUUAAGAGGCAGACCAGGGCAACGUCUCCCAAAAAGUAGCACUUUUUCUCACAAGGUGACAGCGGUUUCCACGAAAUCCUUUUUAUGAAGACGCCACCUCGGAAUCAAAAUGUGUUUCCUCGCAAUAAUCAGUUCAAACAAAAAAACAAAUCGCAAAAUCUCGGAGGGACUGGGUUUCGUGGGGAGAGGCUGACAAUACUUUCAUGCAAAUAAAUAAUCG